AUGGACACGCGCCUCGGUGGUAUAUCUUGGACUUCGUGGCGCAGUUCGCAGCAGCAUCUUGCAGACAGGAGGAUGGUAAAUGGAAAGCAACUAGACGACUCCCUUCUAUCAGAAGAAGGCGCUUCUGGAAGCGCAACUCCGGCUUCUCCAGUACCCAAGAAGCGAGGAAGGAUCUGCUCUUCCUACAAAGCAAUGAAGCCGCCUUAUUCGCUGUCCCAGCUUAUUCUUCAGGCCUUUGAGACCUGCAGCGCCCGCAAAGGGCUCUCUCUGGCCGGCCUCAAGAAGCACCUCGCCGAGAUUGGUUACAACGUACACAGGCACAACAGCCGCCUCAAGAGAGAGCUGAACAACUUGGUCUCCCAUGGCUUGUUGACCCGUGUAAGCGGCACCAGCGGCGCUUCGGGCUCUUUCAGAUUCAGUGGCCAGAUGAAAAAAACGGGCAAAUCCGAGCCAGAUAAAAAGGAAAAGGCGGUAGCAGCCAAGAAGUCGCCGAAGAUGAACAGAGAACAAAAGAAGGCCCAGAAGCAGCAGCCGCCGAUUAACAAAUCAAAAAAUCUGCAAAGGAAAAAUUCUGGGGGAAAGAACCAACCUAAUAACCACCCAAAGGGAUCGAACAGGAAUGCUUCGGGGGUGAAGGGAAGGAGAAGAAAAUAA